CUUCUUGAUAGGUGGAUUAGACACACCGUUCCUAAUUGGAGCGAUUUAGUUGUUGUAUCCAAGAAUCUGGGCGGAACUGAGAGGGUGACUCAGUUGGCAGAUGUCUUGAAGCUAAAUUUCGCCCUGAUCACAACGGACCAAAGGCGUAAAGAGGAUAGUACUACAAUUAACGAGAAU